AUGGAAUCCUCGAACCCAAACUCCCCUUCUCUCAGGGUUGCAGUUGAGGGCUGCGGACAUGGUUGUCUUCAUGACAUCUACGCCUCAGUCGAAAGAGCUGCUGCGCUCAAGGGCUGGGACGGUGUAGACUUGCUCAUAAUCGGAGGCGACUUUCAGGCUGUUCGCAAUUCACAUGAUAUGGCUUGCAUGUCAGUCCCUCAAAAGUUCAAGGCGAUAGGCGACUUCCACGAAUACUACAGCGGAAAGCGUACCGCUCCGUAUCUGACCAUCUUCAUCGGUGGUAACCAUGAAGCUAGCAACUAUCUUUUUGAACUUUAUUACGGGGGCUGGGUUGCACCCAACAUUUACUACCUGGGUGCGGCAAACAUCAUUCGCUGUGGCCCACUUCGUAUUGCUGGCAUGUCUGGCAUUUGGAAAGGCUAUGACUUUAGAAAGUCUCACUUUGAAAGAAUUCCCUACAACAAUGACGACCUUCAGAGUAUUUACCACGUUCGGGAGCUAGAUGUUCGCAAGCUUCUCCAGAUCCGCACUCAAGUUGAUCUUGGUCUGUCCCAUGACUGGCCCAAGCAAGUUGAGUACGGUGGUGACUAUGACACUCUGUUUCGGAUCAAGAGAGGAUUCGGCGAAGACUCCAGCCAUGGCAGAUUGGGCAGCCCGGCAGCCAAAUAUGUUCUGGAUCGUUUGCGUCCUGCCUACUGGUUUUCAGCCCACCUUCACGUCAAGUUCGCUGCUUCUGUGCAGCACGGGGAGUACGUGAUUCCGGGAAAGCAAAAUGCAAUUAAACCAAACGCUCCCCCGGAUAGCUCGUCCCAGGCCGCCCCUAAAGCCCCGUACUCGUUUGGUAUGGAUGGCGCUGUGGUUACAACGCUAUUUAGCGACGAAGAAUUGGAGAACGACCAAUCACUACCAGUACGCUCUGCAAACACGGACUCGAACAUUAGAGCCCCAGAACCCACCCCUCAAGUUGACAACAAAUCUUCUGGGUCAAUCACUCAUGAACAGCCGCAGAAUGAUGUUGUAGCCCAAAACAACACCUCUAGCUCCGAUACACCUCAGCCUAACCCAAACCCAGCUGAACCUGGAGACACCCAAGGUCUACUAUCGGCUUGGAAUGACUUUCACAACGUGGCUUCCAAAAACGAAGCUGCCGAAAAUUCACGCUUUCUUAUGGAACAAGACAAACGUCUACAGGAAGGCUCCACUCCUGAUGUUAAGCACAACUUAACAUGGCGCAAGAUCGAUAUUGAUGAAGAUGCAGGCCGACGGCUUACAGGAAUCGAAAGGACUGGAGAUGAGAGUCCCGAAAGUAAGAAACAGAAGAUGCAGAACGAGCCCGUUGCGGUGAAAAAUUCAGACGAGAUCGACUUGGAUCUGGACAGCGACUCUGACCAAGAAACCACCGUGAAGGCCGCGCCUGAAACUGAACAUAACAACCACAGGGCCUUGGAUGGAGCUGCUGCCGGUGAUACAAAUGGAGACAAAACUGAUGGUCUUCCGAAGGACUCCAAGCAAGAUAACUCCAUUGGAGAAGCUGAUGUUUCUGAAGAUCUUCGGAGCCAGCUCCCUGCCAGUUUUGCACGACCCCAGCCGGAUCUUCAACCCAGAAUUGAGGCCGUGCAUGAGCCUUUGCCGGAGGCGAUCUUCAACAAAAACACACAGUUUCUCGCACUGGACAAGUGUCUUCCAAACCGCAACUUUCUGCAGCUCUUGGAAAUCCCUAGUAUCUCAGAACAGACUGGUGAUCAGCUUGAACGUCCUUAUCGCCUGCAAUAUGACAAAGAGUGGCUGGCUAUCACUCGUGUCUUUGCCCAGGACCUCGAGCUGGGCGAUCCUAAUGCCAAGCCCCCAGCAGACAAAGGUGAUGCCGUUUACAAGUCAGAGAUAGUGGAGGCCGAGAAGUGGAUCGAGGAGCAUGUUGUUAAGCCUGGCAAAAUGAAUGUCCCAGAGAACUUCACCCCUACUGCUCCGUUCUACGAUCCUGACGUCCCCGUCACGACCACUCAGAUGCCCCCAGAGUACAGCAACCCUCAAACCGCCCAGUUCUGCGAAUUGGUUGGAAUUGAGAAUAAGUUCCACCUGAGUGACGAACAGCGCCAGGCCCGUGCUAAUGCCGGCCCACGGCCAAGUCAUUUCCGAGGUGGUGGUGGAAGUGGUCGAUUUUCUCGUCGUGGUGGCGGGGGCCAUGGCUCUGGUCGUCGCGGUGGAGGACGUGGACGUGGCCCUCGCUACUGA